GAGGCUGGAGAUGAGAUGAAGAGAGAGAAACCAAGGCCCCCUGGCACUAUAAAAACACAGAGAGGUGAGCCCUCAAAUGCAAGAGUGAAAUAUCAAGUGAGGUCCCGGAUAAAUUUUGAGUGUUCAUAAUCUUCACCCCUUUCCCCCCUCUCUAAUUGCCCCGCUUCUCUGAAUCCCUUUCUGUCAUCGUCUGUCUUUCAAUCUUCAAUUUCAGGGUUUGUUUUUCCAUCUUGAUUUUGAACAAAAUUGAGCAAAAACAAAACAGAAAAGCAAACCCACGAGGGUGGUUUCUUGAAAGUCAGGUGUUUCAGAACAGUGAUCCAGUUUUUUCCUUUUUGUGGUACAAAUUUAUAUUUUUCUCUUUUUUUCCUCUCUCUAAUAUCAAAACAACAAAGAGGGUGAAUUUUUUCUGUCCCUCAGGUUGAUUUUGGUUGAAAUUUUCUUUCAAAGCCUUUGAUCCUUAUUUGCGUAGAAAAAGGCUUGACCUUUACCUGGUUCUUUAAUUUUGGUACAAGAAACAGGUUUGGUAUUUGGGUUUCUUUUCAUUUUUCAGUUCUAUUUCUCUCUCUCUAUAUCUAAUCUUUUGUGUAGAUCUCUCUCUCAUGGCGGCAGCUAUAGAUACAUACAGCAGCAGCAGCAGCAGCAGUCCAGUUUUCUCAGAUCCCUUUAGUGAGGAACUGAUGAAAGCACUUGAACCUUUUAUGAAAAGUGCCUCAUCAUCCACGCCCUCCUCCCCUUCUCUCUCUCCUCCCCACCUCUCUCCUCCCUCUACCUCUUACUCCCCUUUUCCUUCUCCUUACUCUGUUUCUUCACCACCCACCAUGAACCCAACUUUUUCUCUGAUGGGUCUUGACCCAAUCGGUUCAAUUGGGCUUAACCACCUCACCCCAUCUCAGAUCCUCCAAAUCCAAUCCCAGAUCCAGCUCCAACAGCAACAAAAUCAGUACUUGGCUUCACUCCAAAACCAAACCCUUUCCCAAUUUCACAGAACUCAGAGCCAGAAACAAGAAUCCUCUGUUUGCUCUGUUUUCCUCGGGCCAAAACCGAUCCUGAUGAAGCAAGUCGGAACUCCGGCGGGGAAACCACCGAAGCUCUACCGGGGAGUGAGGCAGCGGCAUUGGGGGAAGUGGGUGGCCGAGAUCAGGCUCCCGAAGAAUCGAACUCGGCUGUGGUUAGGAACUUUCGAUACAGCUGAAGAAGCGGCUUUGGCUUACGACAAAGCCGCUUACAAGCUGAGGGGCGACUUCGCGAGGCUCAAUUUCCCCCACUUCCGCCACCAGAUCGACCACGAAUUCGCCGAUUUUAAGCCCUUGCAUUCCUCCGUCGACGCGAAGCUCCAGGCCAUUUGCCAGAACCUGGCCAACAAGAAUUUCGGGAAACAGGGGAAGAAACAGGGGCAGAAACAGGGGAAGAUUGCAAUCGUGGACUUGGAUUCGUCGAAUUGCGACGCGGGGUCUCGAGGUUCGGACGAGAUCAAGGAGGAGGACAGGGGUUCGCCCGAGUUAUUGUCGUCCGACGAGUACUCGGGCGGGUCCUCGCCGGAAUCCGAUAUCACGUUAAUUGAUUUCUCGGAGCCUUCAUUUGAUGAAUCGGAGAGUUUUGGGCUGGACAAGUUCCCUUCAGUGGAGAUUGAUUGGGAUUCUCUUUAGAUUUUCUCUUUCUAAUGUAUUAAUUCCCAGUGAAUUUGGUCAGUAGUUUGUAAUCUUAGCGGUUUAAUUUGGUGUCUGCAGUAGCCUCUGCAAUGGGUUUUUUGACAUUUGCAGAGGUGAAAUCUUAGGGGGUCAGUAAUUUUGAAGGUUUAGGUAGUUUUUUUUUUUUUUUCUGUUGAUUAAUAUGUAAUAUAUGGUCUCUGAAUCUUGGUGGGCUGGUGUUUUUUCUAAGCCUGGCCAAGAAGUGAGGAAUAUUUGGAGUUUUCAGCUUUUGGGUCUGUUGUUUUGGUUUGUAAUUAUUGGUCUAUAAAUGUAUUAAUGGACUGUCUUUAUUUUGUGGUGUUA